AUCGCUCUGGCUGCUCACCAUGAGCGCGGAAAACAUACCUCGCAAGUUCGUCCUUGCCUCGCGCGCCUCGCAGCUGGCGCAGAUCCAGACGAACAUCGUGCGAGAUGCUCUGGCCGCACAAAAUCCCUCGACCACAUUCGAGACCUCCUUCAUGGCGACCGGCGGCGACAAGAAUCAGUCUCAGGCUCUUUACCUGCUCGGAGGCAAGGCCCUGUGGACGAAGGAGCUGGAGGUAGCGCUGCUCGAUGGCGAGGUCGAUAUGCUUGUCCACAGCUUCAAGGAUGUCCCGACGGAGCUGCCGCCGGGCUGCGAGAUCGCGGGCGUGCUGGAGAGGGAGGACCCAGUCGAUUCGCUCAUUGUGAAGAAGGGUGAGCCGUGGAAGAGCCUGGAGGAGCUGCCGGACGGGAGCGUCGUGGGCACGAGCAGCGUGCGCCGUGUCGCCCAGCUCAAGCGGCGCUUUCCAAAAUUCAUCUUCAAGGACGUGAGGGGGAAUCUAAACACUCGCAUGACGAAGCUCGACGCGCCAGACUCUCCGUACGCCGCGCUCAUUCUCGCGAAGGCCGGCAUGGUGCGCGUUGGCUUUGGUUCACGCAUCACGGCCGACAUCGGCCCUCCGACGUUGUACCAUGCCGUCUCUCAGGGCGCACUCGCCAUCGAGAUUCGCAGUGACGACGUCGUAGCACGCGAGCUAUGCGCCGCGGUCACGCAUCGGCCGACGGAGUGGUCGUGUCGUGCAGAACGCGCGUGUUUGCGCGUCCUGGAAGGCGGCUGCAGCGUGCCUGUCGGCGUGCACACUGUGCUGAGGGAGGGCGGGGCUGGUAAGGGUGGUGUGCUUCACAUUACCGGCUGUGUCACGUCUCUGGACGGACAAGAACAUGUCGAACAUGUGAUCGAUGAGGAGGUGCGAUCUGUCGAGGAGGCAGAGGAAGUUGGGAGACGUCUUGCGCGCACUUUGAUCAAUACUGGUGCGAGGAAAAUCUUGGACGACAUAACACAGGAUCGACAGAAGAAGAUCGAGCAGAGCAGAGAGGAGGAAGGCAUCACCUCUGCUCCCGUUUCAUGACCUAAAUUCAACAGCUCGGAGUUGUAUCAUAGCUAGUGUAGACCAGGACGAAAACUGUACGCUGAUGCUUCAUCGAUGAGAAUGAAAUAGAACUGCACUCGCU